CGGGGCCCUUGCCUGCUUGCAAAGCCUCUCGUGCAUCAGCCUCAGCCAGCAGGACCUGCCGGAAAUGCUUUGGGCCUCUCGGCAUCCCCACUAUCAGGGCCGGUUGCCCCUGGCAGCAUCCUACAUUAGCGCCAAGCUGGCGGCAGCCCUUGUCAAAACCCCUAACUCUACAGUAGUCCCCUGCUGGACGGAUCCGUUGGACUAGACGCGUCUUAUCGACAAGAUAAUUUACCCCAGGCGCGCUUCACGCUCUUUCCCAACGUCAACGCCUUCCUUGCCAUCUCUGCGCAUCGCUGACGAAACCUAUAUGCACCUGGCCUCCAAACCGCAAACUAUCGCCUCGGGAACAGCACACAACUCACCAAUGGACCUUGCUAUUCCGUGAUCAUUCUUCGUGGUUCAGACCGUCCGCCGCCAGGGUCUGCUCUCUGCACCCGUUACCCACCAUGGGCGUCCAAGGCCUGCUACCGCUUCUCAAGUCCAUCCAGCGUCCCACUGAGCUCAAAAAGCAUGCUGGACAGACCUUGGCUGUCGACGCCUACGGAUGGCUUCACCGCGGCGCGAUAGCCUGUGCUAUCGAACUGGCCCAAGGCAAGCCCACCCAGAAGUACAUCACAUACUGCUUGCGUCGCGUGAAAAUGAUGCAGCAUUUCGGUGUGACACCAUAUCUGGUUUUCGACGGAGGCUAUCUACCAAGCAAGUCUGAUGAGGAAGCACAUCGACGGAAGCGCCGUCAAGAAAGCCGCCAGGCUGGCAUGGAGCUUUUGAAAGCCGGGAAGCCAUCGUUGGCACAUAAAGAGUUGCAGAAAGCUGUCGAUAUAUCGCCCGAGAUGGCCCGGAAUCUGAUUGAGGAGCUGAAGAAGCUAGGUCUCCCGUAUGUCGUUGCACCCUACGAAGCAGACCCCCAAAUGGUCUACCUUGAGCGCCAAGGUCUAGUCGAUGGUAUCCUCUCCGAGGACUCGGACCUGUUGGUCUUCGGCGCUAAGCGACUCUUCACCAAACUCGACGACUAUGGCCAGUGCAUCGAGAUCAACCGUCGGGAUUUCUCUGCAUGUCGUGACCUGCACAUGGCGGACUGGACAGACGCACAGUUCCGCCAUAUGGCCAUAUUCCGAGGUUGCGACUAUCUCAGUGGCAUCGAGGGUCUCGGUCUGAAGACUGCUUACCGAAUGUUACGAAAGUUCAAGACCCCGGAGAAAGUCAUCUCGAGGAUUCUCCUCGAAGGCAAACUUCGCGAACAGGUUUUCCUGACUCCGCUACCCGAGGAUCUCAAUAUCGAAGACAUGCCUUAUAUAGGUGCAGAUGUUGAGGCUUCUGUUGCAAAGGGAAUGGCCACGGGUGAUAUCAACCCGAUCACCAAGCAGAACAUCAUAGUCGUGCCGCCUUCGCCUGGCUCAAAGAAGCGUCGUGCUUCUUCGUCAGCUCAAGCAUCACUACCUGCGCCCACACCCAAGAAACCCAUCGACUCUUACUUCAAAAAGGAUGGGCGAAUCCCCCUUGGCAACAUGGACCCCAACUGCUUCAUCCCUGAUCCCGAUCGGGUAGCAGACAUGACAGAGAAUGGCCAACGCCCAAUUAUCUUCCCUCUACCUAGACCCUAUGUCGACGAGCAGAGCGCCCCGGCAACCACCACUGCUCGUCCUUACACCAACCGGCGGCACGAUUCAUCGGCAUCACGCAAUCUUCGCCGCCGUACUGAGCCAAUCUCAAGCUUGCUCAUUGAUGCUGGCACCAAUCUAGGUUCAACUUCACGACGCCAGACCGCAGGUCCAACACGCCAACCAUCUGGCCCAGGGCCUCAAAGCAGCGGAAAUGUCUCGGCUCGUCCGCCCAAGAAAGCGAGGCUAUGUGAUGACGCACUUUUAGCAAGCCUGCCUGGCCAGGAGACGAGCAAGUUUUUCCCGACGGGCAAGAAGAGAACGAGCAUGAGAAAAUCGGAGGGUUACUUGAUGUCGGACGAUUCCAUCGAGGAUGUCCUACGGGACCUUCCGGAGAUGGACGGGUGGGAAAGAUCACAGAAAGGCAGCCAGAUAUUCGUAUUCGAGGAACAGUCGCAACAAAGUACAAACAGUAAUUCUAGAGACGACAUCGAGGUUGUGGAAUCAGCCUCAGCAUACGAGGCCGAAGCCUCCGAGACGCCCCUCCAACCGGCCAUCAGCCAAUUUGCCUUUCACGCCACAUCAGCAUCGGCGUCGAGCUCUUCUCAAGGUCGGCGUACAUCUUAUGCUCGACCUACGCCAAGUUCUUCGGCUCGGUCAUGGAGUGCUGAGUCGACGCCUGGUUCCUUGACAUCGUCGGUAGGGGCGGCUUCUACGGCAAUGUCCACGCCUGCAACGCCGUUUAUGACGCCGCUGCAACGACUAGGCGCUCGAGCAAUGAAGGGAGUCACACAGCCGGCCACACCUACCUUUGCUGUUCCGCAAGCAUUGAAAAAGAGAAGCAGUGCAGGGCGACGCAGCCUGGACAACCUUCCGGUCAACCCAGCAUUUGUACCGCUACCACGGAUGGACUUGGCAGAAGUGGAAGCGCUCCAUAAGACGGAGGGGAGCGAGGACAUGAUAGUACCGGAAAGCGAAAACGAAGACGAGGGACAGGAGAACAUGGGCAAGCGAACAGACCAGCCCAGAAAGAUAGACCUCUCGCGGUUUUUGUUUGCAUGAGAAAUCGGGUUUGAUGCAUCUUUGGGCGAUUGGGGAAGCAAGCAUGGACUGAGAUUAUAUCUGCAUUGCUGCACGCAUGCCAUAGGAGUUUAUAGUGAUUAUAGGGACACGGGGGGAGGGGGAAACGGUGACGGAGUAUAGGGUAAUGAAUAAUCGCCGGCAUGGGUGUAUAAUUCUAUCGAUGGUGCUCGAUAAGGGCAAAGAUUGGUGAAUGCUCUAACGCAAUGGGUUGAUGUGAUGCAAAUACAUUUCGUGCACGAGGC